GAUUCAUUCCCAGGAGCUUUAGCAACAUCACGCCCACGCGUCGUGACACGCCCCGACGUUGAAAAAGCCCUGUACAAGUGGAUCAAAAGCAUGGAAGAAAGGGGAGAAAUCUAUUCCGGCGCAAUGCUGAUGGAGAAGCGUGCCCGUUUCGAGAAGCACCUCAAUGUUCCGGAAUCGGAAUGCCUUCAUGGACAUGGAUGGAUCAAUUCCUUCAAAAAAGCCUAUGGCAUCAGGGAGCAUGUCAGACACGGAGAGGCGGGAUCACUUGAUCCUGAGAUGGUUGAGGCGGAGAGAGUUCGUGUGCGGGAGAAGCUUGCACGGUACAGGCCAGAAGACCGGUUCAAUGCUGAUGAGACAGGCUUGUUCGCAUAUGCACCUCCUGACCGUGGGCUGGCCACGGCACAGAUGAGUGGCAAGAAGAAGGAAAGGUUCCGCAUCACGCUGCUCUUUGCCUGUAAUUCAACCGGAUCCGAAAAGCGUCCAAUCAUGUUUAUUGGAAAGUCGAAGAAACCGCGCUGCUUCAAGCGGCCACCGGGCACCUAUGGGUUCUAUUACCGGAACAACAAGUCUUCUUGGAUGACUUCUGCGCUAUUCGAGGAAUGGAUCAAGGACUUUGACCUCGAUAUGCGCUCCCAGGGCCGUCACAUCAUUCUCCUCAUCGACAACUUCUCGGGUCAUGCCAUUGAUUACAUCCCAACAAACAUCGAGAUCGAAUUCUUCACACCCAACCUCACUGCCGCCGUACAACCGCUGGAUGCCGGCGUCAUCCGCUGUGUCAAGGCUCACUACCGAAUAGCUUUCUGUAUCCGGGCUUUAGAUCUCGAUGACGCGGGGGAAGCCAACAUAUUCAAGAUCAAUCUUCGGGAGGUUAUGCACAUGGCUCUAAAGGCUUGGGAGGACGUCAGUCCGGAGACUAUUGCUCACUGCUGG